AUGGCCCUGCUCCACGUAGGCGCCGUCUGUCUGGCCCUGUGGUCGUUUGUACUCUGCUCGACAGGUAUUGUUCAGUGUCGCGUUCUGUGGAGAUUUGCUGACCGAACAGCUGCUGCUUCUGCUUCUGUGACAAACUGCACAUAUCCGGAUCUGAUCAGCGCGACGGCCGAUGAGCUGGAAUCUGGGUUGAAGGGUGGCUGCUUUAGCAGUGUUGAUCUGGUUAAUCAAUGUAGGCUAAGUCGUUCUGCACAGGCGUACAUCGCCAGAAUUCAGGAGGUCAACUCGACUGUACACGCUGUCACGGAGCUGAAUCCCCAGGCAGUAGAGAUUGCGGAGCAGUUGGAUCAGGAGAGGAAGAAUGGUUCACUCAGGGGACCCCUCCACGGCCUUCCAGUCCUGAUCAAGGGCAAUAUUGCCACUCAGGACGAAUUGCAGACCACAGCCGGUUCUUAUGCUCUCCUCAACGCCCAGCCGCCGUCCGACUCAACCAUUGCUGCCAAACUGCGACAGGCAGGUCUGAUCAUUCUCGGCAAGGCCGAUCUUUCGCAGUGGGCCAACUUCCGUUCGUUCAAUUCUUCCAAUGGCUGGAGUGCGUAUGGCGGACAGGUUGGAAGUUCAAGCGGCAGUGGCGUCGCCUCAGACCUAGGACUUGCCUUCGCCGCGCUGGGAACAGAGACCAGCGGAAGCAUCGUUAGCCCAAGCGAAGUCAACAACAUCGUGGGCAUUAAACCCACCGUCGGGCUGGCCUCGCGCUACCUCGUCGUGCCUAUCAGCGAGCGCCAGGACACCGUCGGCCCUAUGGCCAGGACCGUCAAAGACGCAGCCCAGCUGCUGCAGGUCAUCGCCGGCCCAGACCCCAAGGACAACUACACUCUCGCCAGCCCCUUUGGCUCCAACCUGCCCGACUACGUCGCUGCCUGUAAGCUGACCGGGCUGCAAGGCAAGCGAAUCGGCAUUCCGCGCAAUGUGAUCGCCGCGCUGCAGGAAGACUACAUGGGCCCGUACAUCGCGGCCUUCAACGCAGCCGUCUCCGUGAUCGCUGCCGCAGGCGCCACGAUCAUCGACAACACCAACUUCACGGCCUUCGACACCUUCAACAACAGCACUGUCCCGGACAGCGUUCUCUUCGCUGACUUCAUCAGCGAUCUCGCCACGUAUCUGUCCGAGCUCAAGACGAACCCGAACAACCUCCACAGUCUGGAGGACGUCCGAGCCUUCACCCAGCAUUUCCCGCUGGAGGACUAUCCGGCUCGCGACACGGCUGUCUGGGACGCCGCGCUCGCGGCAGGCAUCAACAACACCUCGCCACAAUUCUGGCCGCUGUACCAGCAGAACCGGUACUUCGGCGACGAGGGGGGUGUCCUGGGCGCGCUGAAGAAAUACAACCUCGACGCCGUGAUCCUUCCGACGGAUUUCGCGUACCCUGUCCCAGCGGUCGUGGGCGCGCCGAUCGUCACUGUCCCGCUGGGCGCGUAUCCGAAUGGGACGGCCGUGCAGCGAAGUCCGCCGUGGAAUCUCGUCGAGGCUGCACCGGGGAUUCCGUUCGGUAUCAGCUUUAUGGGUCCGCUAUGGAGCGAGGAGUCGCUGAUUGGCAUGGCGUAUGCUUUUGAGCAGAGGACGCUGGUGAGAGAUAAGCUCAAACGGUAUAUUGAGCCGCAUACGCAGCUGAAGGAUGUUGUCUGA